GGUUUGAGAGUGAGGCUUGCUUCAUCUUUGUUCAUUCUACUUUGGUUGUCCGCAUGCUAUUAUUAUUUUAUUUUUGAUUUAUUUUUUCAUCAAUUAGUGUUCAAGAAAGCAUGGGAGAUUAGAAUUUAGUUGCGAACAAUCAGUUUUAGUUCAUUCUUAAUAUCAUAAUAAACCCGUAUUUUUGCUCCUGGAUUCUUAUAGAAAUUCAAGCUCCCAGUUCUACCGACACAUUCAAUCAGAUUCUACAAAACACUCUUAAAUGUUCUCAGAAUUGCUUAUUCUAUACACAGAUUGGAUGGUUAAAGUUACUUGAUUACUCAUGUGUUUUGGAGUGUAAGAUCUUAUUGGGGAGCAACAAUCCAUAGGUGUAAAAGUCAGGGUUUGGUAAUAUUAGAUGAACCUGUUUGGUUGAUUGCAUGGGACUAAUUUCUCAACCAGGUCCAGGCUAGAAUUUUGUUUCUGAACAUUAUGGGUUUAGGACAAGUUCUGGGCUAAGUUGAUUACUGGUUUGAUUUUGGAUUUGACGACUAGAGAACUCGCCUCAGUUUGUAUGAAUUUGAUAAUCUAAUGUAGAAUAAAUAGUAGUGAAGUUCAGUUUAAAUUUACUUGGUAAGAUAUCAUAAGGGUUUGAGAUCAAAUCUUGCUAGUAUGUGACAACCUAGUUUGAAACCAGAUAGGAUAUGGGCAUAUGGCUAUAUGCCAUUGCCCGAAAUUAGGGACCAUGUCCAGUUUGGACAAAUAGACACAGGUGUCAUUGCCCGAAAUUAGGGACCAUGUCCAGUUUGGACAAAUAGACAGGUGUAUCUCCUUGUCUGACUAUAACCUGGGUUUAUCCAGAUACCAAAGUCACUCAUAGUCGAUGAAAGCAUGAAGGGAACACAAAGAGUGGAAUGGUAACCCCAACCAAAAACCAAUCAGCUAUUUGAAUUGACCAUAUUCACCAUUUCAUUUACAAUAACCUAAAGAUGUACUGGUGAUUGAGUCAUUUCUUGGCCUUGUAACUUUAAUGCCUGGGAAGAAACAUGAGUUUCGCAGAAAUAUAUGGCAAGGUGAACAGUGUCUCCGAUUUUCCUGUCAUGAUGCAUUCUGUCAAUUGAUCUUAGGGUCCUAAACCUCCUGCGUAUAUACUUCUCAUCAGCCAGAGAAAUGAUUUUGUUAGCUGAGUUGUGGCUCACUAAAAGGAUGGGUAAGGCAAAAGGUGGUUCAAUAUUUAUUAGGCUCGUCUCUGCUGCUGGGACAGGAUUUUUCUAUGUGAAGCGGAAGAACCCUAGGAAGAUGACAGAAAAGCUUGAGUUCCGUAAGUAUGAUCCUCGAGUGAACCGACACGUUCUCUUUACAGAACAAAAGAUGAAGUGAGUGUGAAGGGCCUUAAGAUAUUGAUCUAUGUGCCUUUAGCAGUCAUGUGUACCUCAUUUGUUGGAUACAUUUGAAAUGAAGCUUGUGGAAGAUAAUUUUAUUGUACUGUCUUGGAUUUUAGUUGUUACCAUUCAUAAUUUCAUAUUAAGUAGCUUUACUCAAUAACAAUCAUCAUCCUACUUGCUUGAUAGCUUUUAAUCCACUGGUUUAUGAUCCA